AGCGACGACGGCAUCAGCGGGCAAGUCUGGCCUCCUCUACCCCCUCCCCCAUCCCUCGCGCCCCUAGGAUGUACCCCACCGGGCUGUGUUUCGGGCAGCAGGGAUGGGACGCUAGGAUGGUAUACGCUUCACACCAGUUCUGGAAGAGGGGGUUAAGUGGGCCUCCUCCCCAUGAUGCCUCGUCCCCAUACAAGCGUGUCCGCCCCUCGUCCCCCCACCACAUACAGCGUGGGGGGCCCAGCAGCACCCAGGGAGCGUAUGCCUACCCCCAGGAACAGUCAGCACCCCGAUACGCUGGGAUGGGAUCAGGUACACACCCUUACCCUGGGAUCUACAGAACAGACCCUUAUGCCCAGGCUGAACAACAUCGUGAGUUUCGAGACCGGAUGCGAGAAGCAGAGUACCUUGGUAAACGCCGCCCCACCUUACUGCCGGAGUACCAUGCGCAACCUGCUGUUUCGGCCGCCGAGAGGGACAGGGGCUCGGAUCACUACUCCCACUACAACCAGGAGGGUGUGACCGUGAUUCCAUCAGCAGCAGCCGCGGCAGCAGCUCUUAGUGGCCACCAGCCCGUGGAUGUCAGUACACCACCAGGUCCCAAGCGGCCCCGACUGACUGACCGCCAUGAUCUCACGCACCCUCUGCACAUCGACAUCCGGGGGGAGACAGAAGUCAAAAGGGAGCCGACAUACAACCCCCAAGUGGAGGCCAUCUCUCCAACGCUUCCCCCCGAAGAUUCGGCCAGCAAGACCUUCAAGGAAGAACUACUGCAAGGAAUAUCCAGAGUGGACCGGGAAAUCACAAAGGUGGAACAGAAUAUCAUGAAACUCAAAAAGAAAAAGCAAGCCCUAGAGGAAGAAACGUCAAAACCCAAGAAGGAGAAGCCUGUCACACCAGAGUUGGCCAUGCCCGAGACAAAACACCAGAGCAUAGCUCAAAUCAUCUAUGCUGAAAACAGGAAAAAGGCAGAGGAGGCACACAAGACGUUAGAGAAACUGGGGCCCAAAGUUGAGCUGCCACUGUACCACCAGCCCUCGGACACUACCAUCUACCACGAGAACAAGAAGAAGUUCCAGGUGUUCAAGAAGCGGUUGAUCCUUCACUUGAAGAAGAGGAACCAGGCCAGGAAGAUACGGGAGCGAUACCUGACAGAGAGAUAUGACCAGCUGAUGCAGAGAUGGCUGAAGAAGAUGGAGAGACUGGAGAAUAAUGCCAAGAGAAAAGCAAAAGAUGCCAAAAUGAGAGAAUUUUAUGAGAAGAUAUUUCCCGAAAUCAAGAAGUCUCGGGAGGACAAAGAGAGGUUUGCCAGUAGGGUGGGUGCCAGAAGCAGUAUCGCAUAUGCACGGAGCGAGGCUGAGCUCGAACAGAUCAUGGACGGAUUACAUGAACAGGAGGAGGAAGAUAAGAAGAUGCGCAGCUACGCCGUCGUGCCGCCAAUGAUGCUAGACGCUCGACAGCGGAAGUUCCGAUUCAUCAACAACAAUGGGCUGAUCGAGGACCCUAUGGGAGACUAUAAGGAGAAACAAAUCGUCAACAAGUGGACGGAACAUGAGAAACAAGUUUUCAAAGAAAAAUACCUCCAGCAUCCAAAGAACUUUGGCCUUAUCGCACAGUAUCUUCCAAGAAAGACUGUGGCAGAAUGUGUUCAUUUUUACUAUCUCACAAAGAAAAGUGAUAACUAUAAGCAGUUGCUACGGAAACAGAACAUGAAAAGAAAACGUUCUUUACAGAAGUCACAGCAACAACAGUCACUGCAGCCAAAGGAAGAGUCCCAGCAACGCCAAGAUGAUGGUGAUGAAAGCACCAAAUAUGUCACGCUCAGUGCUAAGAAGGAAGAAGAAAAGGAGGCAGAGGAAGAAUCAUCUGAUGAUGAGGUUACCGUGGCAACUACAGAGGGUGAAGGAGGGGUUCAUCAGUGUGCAGUAUGCAAGGUCCAGCUGGAACACUUCGGGAUGAGUCGACCCCUUACCCGCAGCAACUGUGAGAAUUAUGGGAUGUUAGAAAGCGAGGUGAAGCCCGAGAUGCGAGUGUGCAGCAGCUGCCGAUGUCGCUCUGUCCGACGCAGAUACACACAAUGCCCUGUGCCUACAUGCAAGACGCCUAAACGUAAAGUGAAGCGCCUGCGCCCCCUGCCGGCUAAAUGGAGCGAACUGACUGCUGAAGUGAAGGAGCCCAUUAUUAAGGAAAUGCAACUGACAGAUGAGAUAAGCAAGUGUUGUUCUGCCUGCUUCAAUCGGAUAGCUCGUAAACUCGGUACCAACCCACACACAAAUGAGCCUAUAGUAGCACUGGUCCCAGAAAACUUGGACGUGACUAUCUCCGUUGUAGAAGUUGUAGAGACCUCGCGGUGGACGGAGGAGGAGAUGGAGGUGGCCAAGAACGGUCUGAGGGAACACGGCCGAGACUGGUCUGCGAUAGCUGGCAUGGUCGGGACCAAGACAGAGGCUCAGUGCAAGAACUUUUACUUCAACUACAAGAAGAAAUUCAACCUGGAGGCCAUUCUCCAAGAACAUAAGGACAAGGCUGACAAGCGAACAACGUCUAUCUCCGAAAGUGUGGCAUCGACAGUAACAGCAGCCUCGGAUGCCGAGAUGAUGUCCAGCGAUGAGGACAAUGGUGCAGAUGAUGACUCCGACACUGCCAGCGCCCCCAGUCCCACAACAUUGCCCAUCGACGAAGGUGAGGAUUCUAUUCCGAAGAUUGAUCCCAUCCAGCCCCCGAGGGAGACUGAAAUGGACCCCCCAGGACCCAGUCUCGGCCUGACACAGGAGAAUCUGUCCCGCAACAAGACGCUGAGUGCAAGCCAGGGCAGCCUACGAAGCAUCCCCGACAACGACAGCAGUGCCACAAUGAGUGCUGAUGAGGGCCCAGGGCCUGGACCUGGGGCAGGGGCUAUCUCACACCACUCCCACUCAGAACCACCCCCACAUGUUGCCCCACCUCCACCCCCAAGGCCAGUCAGCCAGCCAACUGCAGAAACUAACGACCUGAAGUCACAGAGUCCACGACCACGCUCAAACACAGGCACCCCCAUCAGUCAGCCUCCUUCCAUCUCCCUGAGUGCCAGCCCAAUCCCUGCCCCUAGAGAACAACCACAACACUCCACACCCACGCCGGGGGCAAACCUCCGCCCAGAGGGACAUCCUGGUCAGAGAGAUCCCAACGUUAUUGAUUUCUCCAAUAUCAACAAAUCAGUUUCUCCAUUCCCGAGUCAUCUGAUGGCUCCGGACAUCCGUCUCUCUCCCCGUCCCCCCAGCACACACUCUGAAGGGAGCCGCAGCGCCAUCUCACCUCACCCUCAGCAGUUUAUCAUGGAUAAGAAACCAAUGAAGCCAGCGUGUGUCCGAGACUUGAUCCACUCCGCCAUCGAGAGGAACCUUGGGCAGCCCAGUGAGAGAUACUCCGACCAAAUGCAGGACAGAAGCAGACCGCCAUCUUCAGACCCAAACCAAAGACCUCCUGGUGGGCCUAUGGCAAACUCUGGGAUGCCCCAGGACCUGCGCAAGGAGAAGCGCGAGCCAAUCAUGCCCCCGAUGCAGGGUGAAUCACGCCCCAUGCCCCCAUACGGCAUGGCCAGGCACAUGGAGAGGGAAGGGCCACAUGACCAUAGGGACUCCAAGGAUGCUACAGACUUGUCAAGGAGGCCUCUCGACUUCACGGACAAGGGACCUCAUGGCUAUAAAGGAGACCCUCGUGACUUCGAUCCCCACAGACAACGCACAUACGACUCCUACACACGAGCAAUUGAAAGGGUCCCCAGUCAGAUGGUGGUGCCUCCACCUGCCCAUUCGCACCACGGCACUCCUGUGCACCAAUCGGAUGCAAGUCGAGGAAGACAGCCAGAAAUGAGAGACAAAUCCCCAUCUUUGUAUCCUCCUGAACAUGGCCGGUCGUUGUCCCCGGCAGUAAGAGGUGGCAUUCCCCCACAGUGCAGUUCCCCUUAUGGACCUGAAUCUGUGAGAUCACCAGCUUCCAGAAUCCCACCACCUCCACCGCUGAUUAACAACUCUGCCAAGACCUCCCCCAAACUGACCCGCUCUCCCCCAGGGGGGCCUCAUAUGAUGAUACCCCCUGGCUCCAUCACCCACGGCACGCCGGUCAGUCACCACUCCACCCCGUCCCCUGUGGGUCACCCUAUGACCACUAGCCCUAUCGGAAGGAGGAUGGAAGGAGUAGCACGGCAGCCCACUCCACCCUCUGCAACACAACGAAUGGAAGGGUCGAUCACUAAAGGUACCCCCAUGAACCGUGAAGGGGGUGUCGGGAGGGGGAUGCCACCCGAGGGGAUGCCGAGGAUGCCAGGGAUGAUUGACCCGGCCGCUAUGGGCAGGGGCCAUCCCAUGUAUGAGGGUCCCUACAGACCCCCAGUGCCUGGAGGCUAUGAAAGAGGGGAGGUACCCAAGGCUCAGUACUACCCAUAUCAAUAUGCUGAGCAGCCCAACUACAGUAGUUCCAAGCAAACAAUCAUGAGUGACUUUUUGACAGCUAAGCAGAUGCCUCGAAGGUCACCCGCCGCUCAGGAAAAAGAUGGACGUUUGUCUCCAAGAGGAAGAGAAAAUGCACCAAGAAACUUCCCUGGCAAUGUUGAUCCUAGAAGCAUGGAUCCAAGAUCCAUGCAGGCUAUGGUUCCUGUCCACACACAACAAGGAGUUGUUUAUGUUAAUCCAGCUCAGAUUCCGGUUUCCACUGCUGACAGAGUUCAAGGCAAGACUUCACCCUUACCUCCUCGAGCAACACCAUCCCCGAGGGAUGAGAAGGGAAUGUGGGGCCGCCCCCACGGACACCACAACCCCACCUCCACAGCAUCCACACUUCCUCUGGAUCAGCACCACCCACAGAGACCUAGUAUUGUCAUGGGCACCGGCAAGCCACCCCACAUGGCGGAGAUGAUGUCAGCCCGAAUGGAGCAGCAGAGUAGCGGCCCCGACAGCACUAGUGUCCAGCGACAGGCCAUGUCUCCCAGACAAGCAGAGCAGCGGCAUGCCGAGGCACAGAUGUCGCACACGAUGUUGAUGGUGAGAGACCCAAACAGCCGACCUCGUCUUUCCCCAAGUCAACAGAUGCAGUAUCGGUACCCAGACCAGCAGAAGGAGGAGAGGAUGGGCAUGUCGGGCCCGUGGAACCAGCUCCAGCAGCGGGAAGAGCAUGGCCAGAAACCCCGGCCAUAUGACGCCCGACAGAUGCCAGAGCAUGCACGGAGAGAGCAUGAGAGGAUGCCUGAGGCACAGAUGUAUCCAAGAGAUGGACGCAUGGUUCAUGAACCUGGUAUGAUGUAUGCUAAACAAGACGUCCGCGAUGUGCGGGAGGUACGCGAUGUCCGGGACGUACGGGACAUGAGGGAUGUCAGGGACAGAGAUGAACCAAUGUAUGUAGACAGAGAGCCCAGACAGCCUGAAGUACAGUCAUCGUCAGAUUCCACUCCUCAAAGACAAAUGACAGAUCCAAACUACAUCCGUCAAAUGACGGGGGACCUGCCAGGAUCUGCUAUGAUCCUGUCGGCCUUCCAGAAAGACUCAGCGGUGGCCCACACGGUCACCCAGCCGACAUCUACCAGCACUGCUGCAAGAAGUCUGACGGCAGCUACACUGAUUGAUGCUAUCAUCACCCAUGAGAUCCAUCAUGCAAAUCCGGAAGAGAAAAAGAACGAGCGUAGACCAGCUGCGGGUACAACACCGCCGAUGAGCCGACAGUCAGAGAUGAAUAAACCACCUCAGAGUAUGGACACAUCAGAUCCUGGUCUUCAAGGACCGUACAAGCCACCUCGCAAGUACCACAGUGAUCCCCAAGCACAGUCCCGAUCUGAGAUGGAAGCAGAAAGACAAGGGUUGGCUCAUUCAGGGCAACAGAUUAUUUCAGCCAUGGCCGGGAGACAGAUGGAAAGGGAGGGGAAUGGUCCUCAUAUUGGCCAUAUCCCUGGCCCCAAUGCAUUACGUCAGUUCCAUGCAGCACAGCAGGCAAAUCAGCAGUACGCUCAAGCACAAGCUCAGGCCCAGGCCCAGGCCCAGGCUCAGGCACAAGCUCAGGCCCAAGCUCAAGCUCAGGCUCAGAUUCAAGCUCAGGCUCAGGCUCAAGCUCAGGCUCAGGCUCUUCAGUUCAGUCAAAGUCAGAGUCAGAUGCAGCAUCAACAGCAUCAAGGUCAAGGUCAAGGUCAUCCUGGACCUCCCCACACUCAGGGUCAUGGACUUGCUUCUUCACAGUCUCAAGGUCAUGGUCAAACCAGUCAUUCUGGAGGUCAGGGUUCAGGAUCUUCUUCGUCCAAGGCCAUUACACUCGGGGAACACAUCGAUGCAAUCAUUAUCAAUGACUACCACAGCAAAAGGUCAGGCCAGAACAAAGGUGCGAGUCUUCUCAGCCAAAUCAACAGUAGUGGAACAAAAGGACAACCAGUCACCUCCACCCCAUCUUUGAUCGCCGAGCCACACCCGUCUUUAAUGACCAGCCUGACGCCCCCAGUUUCUCGGACAUCCCCAUCCGAGGUGGGGUCCUCGUCGGACCCCCAGCGCCCCCGAAGUUACUCUGCAAGCACCCCCAACUAUGAACAGGUCUACCACGCCAAGUGGAAGAAGAGGGUACAGCAACAGCAGGAAAUCGAAGCCUCUAGCCACCAGGAGUCUCUGUCCUCGUCUUCAAUGCCGUGUCCCUCCCCUCACUCGGGGGUAGAGAGUGAGGGCCUGAGGGUGCCCAGCAAACACAACAGUCCCCAGGGCAUGGAGCGGGGUGGGCUCCACGCCGACCAGUCCCGCUCCCCCCAGCCUCCUCCCUCCUCACUGCCCGGCCAGCCUCACCUGGACAGCGUCGUCAUAGAGCCUGUCUCUCCCACCCCAGGCCACCACCCCCACCACCAGCCAGCCGACAGCAGUGGCCAGGGCCCCACUACGUCCGAGACUACACCCGCUACUAAAGCUAAGCCAGAGUUCAACAUCAACACCUUGGACUUUAUUAUGAGGAGGAGAAUAGAGAAAGCGUUAAUGGAGGAACCUAGCCCCAGUCAGUCGGAGCAGCAGAUAGAGUCCUCCGUGCCAUCACUUUCUCAGCCUCGCCUAGGUCAGCAGCAGCAGCAUGCUGCCGAGUCUUCAGUGUCACCCUCGCUUGCCGCUUCUCGGCUUGUGACACAGCAACAGCAGCAGAUGCCACCCAGCCAGCCUCUGCCUUCAAACCGCCAACUGCUUCAGCUUCCAGACACUCGACAAGAUGCACGCCAGCAACCAGGAGAUAGUCGACUAGGUCAUCAGGACAGUAGGUCUUCGGACUCCCAACCCGGUCCACCUGAUGGAAGGACUUCUCAACAGCAGCAGGAAGCUUUCCCCAGCAGCUCAUCUCAAGUUGAUCCGUCAUCUGCCCAAGCUCAGGAAUCAGAUGAUCGUCACAUGCCUGGGAUCCGACCAAUGGUGGCUGUUUCGGCAGCAGCAGAAUCCUCGGAGGCUAGCCAUGUAAGUGCGGCCACCCCACACUAUCAACAGCCCAAGAAGCGUGGCAUGACAAGGCCUCAGGGCAAAUUUGCUGCUCCAACCAGAGAUCUGCCUCGCCCUUCAUCUGCUGCAGAUAUGCAAAAAGCGACAUCUUCAGGGAAGAAAAACAAGUCCUCAGAAUACGAUUUUCCCGAUAGUCCUGAAGAGGAGGGAAUCAGGAAAACCCCAAGUAGCUAUAUGGCUUUAUCAAGUUCUCUGUCACGGAGUCCGAGGCGGGGGCACGUGGACAGCUCCGAGAGCCGCUCAGAUGGCAGCAGCAAAGGUGAGGGAAACAUUGGCAGUUCCGUUGAUGAGGGGGCGAGCGGAGAUGGAGAUAAGGUGACAUCGCAAAGCAAGGACCCAAAUGAGGCUCAAGGUUACGCAAGCUUCCUUGUUGGGCAGCAGGUUUCGGAUAGCUCCCAUUUGGGGAUGGAACCCGAGUCGCGGAACUUUCCACGCAGCAGAUUCGGAGGGCGAGCGGAGAGUGGAGAAGCUGAUGAAAGUUCCAACAUCUCUCACCCGAGUAUCGACAGCACACACUCUGACCACAUGGUCAUUGAUGAAUCCGACAUCGGCAGCUCCACGGGUGCAGACGUCUCCUCAGGUGGUCCGAUGGUGGACAGACCUCGGUCUGCCAAGAGCUCCCCUCGUGUUCAUGACAACAGUCCUCAGUGUAGCACAGAUGUUUCUUACGAGGCAGCAGACAAUACAAGCCAGAGCCGAGGGGGGUCGGACAAUCUCCCUUCCAUGUCCUAUGUUCAGCGAUCUCGCAGUCCACGAGCAGUGGAGUCCAGCUUCAUGGGAGUGGACGUCAACAACCGACCGCACUCGAGCUCCGACCUGCCAACAAGCAUGGCGUCCGUUAUCCCUGGGUCAGGGGACGUCAGUAGCUAUUCCUACUCCAACCCUGCUCAACCUGUUGUGUCUAGCAUGAUCGUGGAGGCCGAGCAUGCCGUCAUCUCCCGUGACCAGGAACCCAUGCCCUUAUACUCAGCUCAGUACGAAAUGCUCUCAGAUGAUGAUGACUAGUCCAGACACGCUAGUUUUAACACAAAAGUCACGUCAUUUGUGUAUGUACGCAUUACAAGCUUCUCAAACUGGGUGAUGUAAAAAGGGAUUUUUCUUCAUCGAUUUUUUGAAUGUUUAAUAAGAGAUGAAAUUUUGCAUAAGGACAAUAUGUGUGUUGACAUAUCACUCCACAAACUGCCAUAUGACUCAACUCGUUGUCGCAGUCCGAUGUACAUGUCAGUGGAAACUUGUUUUGUAUUUCAGUAUGUACUAGAGCAUGUGUCAAGGGAUGAAGGGGAAGAAAACAGUUCCCCAUGGCCAUCAACAUGCCUCUAUCUUGUCUCAUUCAUCUGCUUGUAUUCUUUCAAACACUGUGUUCGAGAUUUUGUUGAAUGUACAAUGUUAAGCUUAGUUCCAUUCUUCUUGAUAGUGUCAUCAUGGUGCAUCAGCAGAUCCAGGUCUGUUGAAUUCACAAAGGACACCCAGUUUAUACUUGAUCAUUGUAGACUAUUCAGUAUGGUUUUCCAUGUCAGUCAAGCGAUAUGGUAUCUCCGAUUUGUCAUCCGUUCGUAGAUUCAGUUUUAUAUUGGAUAAUUCACUGCUGAAUGGCAGAAGUACUUAAUUUUGGGAAGACAUUUAAUCAUUGAUGAGUAGUGUUCACCCAAACUACUGAAGGGUGUGAAUUACAUUUCGUUAAUUUUACAAAAUACUAAUUUUUUGUGUGACUAGAAUAUUUAGAAAUACAGUAGGAUGAACGUAAGCUAAGCUAUGGGUAAAAGUCUGAUUAUGUAACACGAUCACUUAAGUACUCAUAGUAUUAUUAUUAUAUAUUUUAGAGACAAUGAUGACAGUUUGAUGGGUCUAUUGAUUGUUGCAGUAAACAGUUGACUUUCUUUUUAUUGUCCGUCAUAUAGCUGGAAUAUUGCUGAGUGCGGCGUUAAGCAACUGACAAAUCUUGGGUACUUGGGUACAACUUGUGUUAAUGAUUUUAUGUGUCUCAAGUGCUUCACAGAGUUUGUAGGGAUGAACUAUUAACAUGAAUGGAUGGUGACCUGUGAGAGAUGAGUGUAAUGUUGAUGUAGUGGGUGGUGAGUGUAUGUGUGUGCCUGUGUUGGAGAGAUUGUGUGUUAUUUGGUGUCAUAUGUCAAUGUCGUGUUCCAUGUUGGUGUGGUGUGUCCGUGUGUCGGUGAGAGGAAAAGAGGAUGUGUGUGUUGGGAGGGGGGAGGCGACUGAUAAAUAUAAUACUCAACAUUUGAUAGGGAUAUUUUGAGUGUCCAGGAGGAAGGUAAAUCUGACCGGUUAUUUGGAGAUCUCAUACAAACAGGAUGCAAUUUGGACAAGAAACUGACAUGAAGCUUCAUUUCAAGCAAUAUUAAAUAAAACAUUAAUUAAACAUUUAAAUAUGUUGUCUCCCGACCUUCAAAAGUGUGAGCUGGCCCAUUAUCCUUAUCAAGAGUUGAGUAUUAUAUGUGGGCGCCAUGCCUGAGCUUUGGGUGGGUGGAUGUUUGUGCGGUGUACAUGUUUGCAUACAAUGUCGGGAUGUCGUGCCAGCUCCCUGUGGCUCGGUGUCUGGUGAAUGGUUCAUACAUCCCUGCAGAUCUUGUACUGAGGAUGAGCUGCAGAUUGGCUCAUGUGGAUGUACCUCACUGUUAACAUUAUCUUGUUAUUCAUAUAAAAAAACAAAUCAA